CACGCUCAGAGGCAGGCUGAUGACCUGCGCAUGCUCAGUGCGGCGGGCCCGUUGCUGGUGGACGGCAAGAUGAUUAUGGCGCUAAGUAAAACGUUUGGGCAGAAGCCGGUGAAAUUUCAAUUGGAGGAAGAUGGCGACUUCUACAUGAUUGGCUCAGAGGUGGGGAAUUUCCUGCGCAUGUUUAGGGGCUCACUGUACAAAAGGUACCCGUCUCUCUGGAGACGCUUGGCCACUGUUGAAGAAAGGAAGAAGAUUGUCGCCUCCUCGCAUGGGAAGAAAUAUCAUGGAUACACAACAUUAGCUACUAGUGUUACUCUACUGAAAGCUUCAGAAGUUGAAGAGAUCCUCGAUGGGAACGAUGAGAAAUACAAAGCUGUUUCCAUUAGCACAGAGCCUCCAACCUACCUCAGGGAACAAAAAGCAAAGCGAAACAGCCAGUGGGUUCCAACACUGCCCAACAGCUCCCAUCACUUAGAUGCUGUGCCCUGUUCGACUACUAUUAACAGAAAUCGCUUGGGUCGUGACAAGAAGAGGACUUUCCCUCUUUGUUUUGAUGACCAUGAUCCAGCUGUUAUUCAUGAAAAUGCUUCUCAGCCUGAAGUACUAGUUCCCAUCAGAUUGGACAUGGAAAUAGAUGGACAGAAGUUGCGAGACGCCUUUACCUGGAACAUGAAUGAGAAGUUAAUGACUCCAGAAAUGUUUGCAGAGAUCCUCUGUGAUGAUUUAGACCUUAACCCCCUUGCUUUUGUCCCGGCUAUUGCUUCAGCGAUCCGUCAGCAGAUAGAAUCUUAUCCCACUGACAGCAUACUGGAGGAUCAGUCUGAUCAGAGAGUCAUUAUCAAGCUGAAUAUCCACGUUGGGAACAUUUCUUUGGUGGACCAGUUUGAGUGGGACAUGUCGGAGAAGGAGAAUUCACCAGAGAAGUUUGCACUGAAAUUAUGUUCUGAGCUUGGUUUGGGCGGGGAGUUUGUCACCACUAUCGCAUACAGCAUCCGCGGGCAGCUCAGCUGGCACCAGAAGACAUACGCAUUCAGUGAAAACCCCUUGCCAACUGUGGAGAUUGCCAUCCGAAAUACAGGUGAUGCAGACCAGUGGUGCCCUCUUCUGGAGACCCUUACAGAUGCUGAAAUGGAAAAGAAGAUCCGUGAUCAGGACAGAAACACCAGGCGUAUGAGACGUCUUGCCAACACUGCACCGGCCUGGUAAACAGUCCCCUCCCGACGAAACUCGCGGUUCACAUCCUGGAGAUGGAACCCCGCCCCAUAAAUAAACAAAAAGUAACAGUUAAAAAGAAAAAAGUAAAAAAAAAAUACUAAGACUAAAGAUUUGUGGAGGAGAGGAGGGUGGUCACAGCACCUCUUGAGCCAUAUCAGAAGGUGCGGGGGACCCACACAUUCCACUUUGAAAGCAGCUGGGUGCUGCUGUGUUUGACUCCCUCACAUCCUUUCCUUCCAUGUACAGAGUGUGAAGCAUUAGUGCUACCUGACUACCGGAAGACCUGAGACAGAUGUCCCAAGCCCUCCUUUAUACCUGUGUACGUGAUAUGUAAAGCUUUUUUGUGUUCUAUUUUUAAUUUGUAUAGGUGCUUCAUGCACUUGUAGAAAACAACUUUUUAAAUAAAAGUAAUGCUCAAUAA